AAAACCCCACAAGUCCCUUGGAGGCUUGAGCUCACUAAAACCCUUCUCUUUUGGUCUGAACCUCUCUAAAACCCUAACCUCCAAAUUCCUUCCCUCCUAACGUUCAAAAAUUCCUCACAACAUGUCUGAACCGUCGCCGGACCUCGCUAUCCUCCGCGGCUACGAGCUCCGUCUCCUCCGCUGCACCUUCCUCUGUCCUCCUCCGCCGUCCGAUCCUGAACAACCGUCCGAUCAAACCUCGCCCACUCACCCCCUCUCCCCUCUAAUCUCCGCCCUCCUCACUUCCAUCGAGUCCGGCCGAUACCUCGAAGCCCUCACCUCCGCCGAAGCAAACCGACUCGUCUUCAAACUCACCGAUUCCAACUCGCUCGUCGACCACGACGCCGACCGAGUCUACUCCGAUUUGCUCCGCCGCGUGGAGUCGUUCAUAUGCGAAGAAGCUGAGGAUAAUGGGAAGGACCAGGCCUAUAGAGUCGUCGUCGUACUCUGCAUUGCUGUAGCUGCCUUACUUGCUUUCACUCAGUCUAACCUAACCGGACCUUUGGAGGGGCUGCCAAGGUGUCCGUUGCCAAUGGAAGUGCCCUUAUGUGAUGAAUGGGACAAUUGGGCGCGGAAUCAGCUUAUGGCUGCUGGCUCUGACUUGCUUGGAAAGGUCUAUAAUAUUCAGUAUAUAAUUUAUGCAAAGAUAUUGGUCAUGAAGAUGAAAGAUUUGUUAUUUGAAGGAAGUUUGUCUUGUGCAUAUGGAAUUAGGAGCCUUUCAUGGUGGCUCGCUAGGGUCACCUUUCUCCAUCAGCACAUUCUCGAUGAGCGGUCUUCAUCUCUGUUCGACCUUUUGCAUGUCUUUACAAGUGAAACUUUGAAUCAUUUUGGCACGUUGGAGAAAGUAACAAGUUAUUGGGGUAACGAUUUGCGUAAUGGCGAGGGAUCGACACUUGUCUCAGUGAUUCAUCUGGAAGCUGGAAUGAUGGAAUACAUCUAUGCACGUGUUGAUUCAUGCAGGUUGCAUUUUGAAUCAGCUGAAGCAGCAGCUGGUGUUAAGCUUUCAGUUACAGGGGUUCUUGGCUUCCGUACUAUACAUCAGGUUGAACCAAAGGCACAAAUGGUACUUUUAGCAAACACAACUUCAUCAAAGAGUGGGGCUCUCUGUUCCUCUGAAAGCCCUGGCCCUCAUAGAUACGAUUCUAUUGGCAGAAAUGAUAUAUCUAAGCAUCCAUCUGAGUCCCAUGAGGCCUCUGAUAUAUUAUUGACUCCAAGAUUGGUAGAGAAUGAGAGCGGUUCUGGAGUUAUAUCAGACGGCAUUCAAGUUGGUGGUACUGCUGCUGACCCUUUGAGUGCAAUCCAGCAGGCAGUGAUCCUGGCUAAAUGCCUUCUAAUUGAGAAGAGCACACGACAUGAUGACAUGCAGAGAUGGGAAAUGGCUCCAUAUAUCGAGGCAAUUGAUUCUCAGCUAUCAUCAUAUUUUAUUAUACGACGAUGCUGUGAUGUCCUACGUAUUCGGUGGGAGUCGAGACGUAGUCACACAAAGGAACGUGCAUUGACGAUGAUGGAAACACUGGUUCAGGGCAUCAACGAUCCCUCUCCAGGAGUGGCAGACAGGAUUCCUUUCUGCUAUGGGAUUUAUAUCCCUACAGUUUCAGCCUUGCGGAAGGAAUACGGUGAACUUUGUGUCCGCUGUGGUCUGAUAGGAGAGGCAGUCAAAAUUUUUGAGGACUUGGAAUUAUGGGAUAAUCUAAUAUUCUGCUAUAGCCUAUUGGAGAAAAAAGCAGCAGCUGUUGAACUGAUCAAGACACGGCUUUCUGAAACACCUAAUGACCCCAGGUUAUGGUGUUCAUUGGGUGACGUUACUAAUGAUGAUGCCUGCUUUGAAAAAGCCCUAGAAGUUUCAAACAAUAGGUCGGCUCGGGCUAAGCGGUCUCUUGCACGCAGUGCAUACAACAGGGGGGAAUAUAGAACAUCAAAACUUCUGUGGGAGUCUGCAAUGGCCUUGAAUUCUCUGUAUCCUGAUGGCUGGUUUGCCCUAGGGGCUGCUGCAUUAAAGGAUAGGGAUAUUGAGAAGGCACUAGAUGGCUUUACACGGGCUGUUCAGCUUGAUCCUGAAAAUGGGGAGGCAUGGAAUAAUAUUGCCUGUUUGCAUAUGAUAAAAGGGAAGAGUAAAGAAGCUUUCAUUGCAUUUAGAGAAGCACUGAAGUUCAAGUUCGUUCCUUCUCCAUUAAUAAAACUACGAAACAGCUAUCAACUGUGGGAGAACUACAGCCAUGUUGCUUUAGAUGUUGGCAAUGUUGCUCAGGCUCUAGAAGCUGCACGGAAGGUGUUGGAUCUUACUAAUAAUAAGAGAAUUGAUGCUGAGUUAUUGGAAAGAAUUAUGACAGAGGUGGAAAGCAUGGCUUCACCUACUAAUUCAUCAAUGACUGAUGUUGAAGAUAACUUUCUCGUUUGUGGGACCACAAAUGCAGCAUCUGAGGUGGGAAAAUCUCGGGAAGCUGAGCACUUAGUAGAGUUCCUUGGAAAAGUUCUACAACAGAUAGUUCGGAGUGGAAAUGGAACAGAUAUUUGGGGCUUGUAUGCUAGAUGGCAAAAAAUGAAAGGAGACCUCUCAAUGUGCAGAGAAGCUUGGUUAAAGCAAGUCAGAUCAUACCAGGGAUCUGAUUUGUGGAAAGAUAGAGAUCGGUUUAAAAAGUUUGCGAAAUCAUCCUUGGAACUCUGCAAGGUGUAUAUGGAGAUUUCUUCAUCUACUGGCAGCCGUGAUGAACUUCUCUCAGCUGAAAGGCACCUAAGGAACAUAAUGAAACAGGCGGGGAGUUUCGCAGACAUGGAAGAACUUCAACAUCUUAAAGCCUGCCUUGAUGAAGUGAAGUUAAAACUUGAUUGUGAUAGUGUGUCUACUUAAAACUUUCUCUUGGUAGUGCCUUCUUGGAAUUUUGAUGUACAUACAAAAAAAAAGGAAGUCUGUUCCACCCUUGGUUGAUUGGCAGGUUUACGCUGUUAGCCUUCUAAUGACAGCAACACUGGUGGCCUCCUACUGGAUCUUCAUUGAGUUCAUAUCGAGAUGAAGUGCAUGUAGAUAUAUCCUUUUUACAGUAUUUACCUCUCAUCAUGUCGGAGUGAGAAUAACUCAUUUACUUGAUCUGGACUCUGGAGGAAUGGUAGCUGCUGUUUGGGUUCAUCCGACAGAACCUUUUCUGGUUAUAAAGCAGAUUAUCAAUUUUGCCAAAUAUAAUCAGAAGGAAAAAUGUUCAAACAUCAGUUUUAGGGUAGGCCUAUACAGUUAGGAUCUGUAUUCUUACUAUAGGUUGGCAAUCUCAUAGAUACUAGUGAAUUUGCCGAAUUUCUUGAAUCCAGUUGAUGAGGAAUUUGAGAUUCUUCAAAACUUCUAGAUUGGAAUCGUUUCCUCAUAGAAACCCAAAUCAGAGACCCAAUGUUCCAGAAACAUAGUUAUUUGUCUUACCA